GGUGUCAGGUGAUCUGAGCAGAGGAGCCGGAGAGGAAAAUGCAAGAUGGCCCGACGGGGCCGUGAGGGGCUCCCCGCCGCCCCCUCCCCGCCCGGAUCCCGGCAGCGCAGGGCCAGCGGCGAGCGCUGAGCCCAGCCCCGCCGCGCUAGAGCCCGUCCCCGGGAGGGGCUCCGAGCCAUGGGGCUCUGCUACAGUCUGCGCCCGCGGCUCUUUGGGGACCCCGGCGGAGGCGGCUCCAUCUCCAGCGCCGCCUCGGAGCCCGAGCAGCCCGCAGAGCACACGGCCCCCCCGCCGCAGCCGCUCGGGGCCCCGCGGGGAGGCAGCUGCUGCGGGCAGCCGGGGGCCGGGGGCUCGCUCCACCCUGCAGACAAGCCCGGGGGAGAGGCGGACGGGCCGCUGCCGCCGCUGCUGCUGCUGCAGAACGGAGGCGGCAACGGGGCGGCCCCGGAGCGGCAGCCGCUGCCCAAGCCCGGCGGCGGCGGCGGCAAACAGCCCCGGGAGCCGCCUCAGGCGGCCGCGCUGCAGAGACCCUGGGAGAAGCUGCGCCUGGAGGAGCGGGAGGCGGAGAAGGAGGCGAGGAAAGUCAGCAAGAGCAUCGACCGGGCGCUGAAGGAGCAGAAGCGGGAGUACAAGCAAACGCACCGGCUGCUGCUGCUAGGAGCUGGUGAGUCAGGAAAAAGCACGAUUGUGAAACAAAUGAGGAUCCUGCAUGUCAAUGGAUUUAAUUCAGAAGAAAAGAAACAGAAAAUACUGGAUAUUCGGAAAAAUGUUAAAGAUGCAAUUGUGACUAUAGUUUCAGCAAUGGGCACUUUAAUACCCCCAGUUCCACUGGCCAAUCCAGAAAACCAAUUUCGAAUGGACUACAUCAAGAGUAUAGCUCCACUUUCUGAUUUUGACUAUACACAGGAAUUCUUUGAACAUGCAAAAAAGCUCUGGGAUGAUGAAGGAGUAAAGGCAUGCUUCGAGAGGUCAAACGAAUACCAACUGAUUGACUGUGCACAGUACUUUCUGGAAAGAAUUGACAGCGUCAGCAUGGUUGACUAUACACCCACAGACCAGGAUCUAUUAAGAUGCAGAGUUUUGACAUCAGGGAUUUUUGAAACAAGAUUUCAAGUAGAUAAAGUAAAUUUUCACAUGUUUGAUGUAGGUGGCCAGAGAGAUGAAAGAAGAAAAUGGAUCCAAUGUUUUAAUGAUGUCACUGCUAUAAUCUUUGUUGUGGCCUGUAGCAGCUACAACAUGGUAAUAAGGGAAGACAAUAACACAAACAGACUACGGGAAUCCCUGGAUCUCUUCAAAAGCAUCUGGAACAAUAGGUGGUUACGGACCAUUUCUAUCAUUUUGUUCUUGAACAAACAGGAUAUGCUAGCUGAAAAGGUCUUGGCAGGGAAAUCAAAAAUUGAAGAUUACUUUCCUGAAUAUGUGCGUUACACUGUACCUGAUGAUGCAACACCAGAUGCUGGAGAAGAUCCCAAAGUCACAAGAGCCAAGUUCUUUAUCCGGGAUGAGUUUUUAAGGAUAAGUACAGCAAGUGGAGAUGGCAGGCAUUACUGCUACCCACAUUUCACAUGUGCAGUGGACACAGAAAACAUCCGCAGAGUGUUCAACGAUUGUCGAGACAUCAUUCAGAGAAUGCAUCUUCGCCAGUAUGAACUCUUGUGAUUGGGAUCACCGUGGAGCCUGUGGUUUUAAAUACUUAGCUCCUUCCUCUCUUGCUCUCUCUAUACUAUGCCACACAGGGUGGAAGAAAAUACUACAGAAAUGUCAGUCUUUUCAGGUUACCUUAAUUAUUUCGCCUUUGAGCUGAUUUGCAGCAAGUUUGGGUUUCUUUUCUGCCAUGCUUUUUGGGACUAUUUGUGUGCUUUAUUUUGAUAUGCCACUUCUUUGUCAUUCCACUAAGCCCUUUGGCUACCUCUGUUGCUUUAGGGGUGUGUUUUGUUUUUUGGGUUUUAUUUUUGCUAAUUGAACAUAACCUGCUAAAUUUUUUCCAGCAGGUUAUGUUAGUUCAAACUAGUAUGUCAGCUGGAUGACACUAAAGUCAUACCUAUCCUUGUGUGGGUCCCUUUUUUAACAUGAUAUUAAGAGUACUUGAUGGUUGAAAAAAGAAUAAUGCACUUUGUAUCAGGUUAUUAAAUACUGUUGAGGAAGUAUACACACAAUGUAGCAGCACCACAAUAUUUAUUACUCUGUCACAGUUUUUAGCAUUACUGAGUUGCAGGUCAACUGAUAAAGUGACCUCCUCUUUUAAGCCGUUACUGGCACAGGAAGUAGAGUAGAUAAUGAGAGGCAUGGUGAAGAUAAGCAAUUUUUCUGGGGUUUUGGGGCUAAGUGCCUCUACACACCUCAGGCAUUUGAAUUACAGCUACUUUUUCAGCCUGUUGCAUCUAGGCAGAAAAUGUACCACCCUCACUUAUGUUAUUUGUGCUGUCCACAAAUGAUCCGUUUAGUUUAGAUCAUUCUUGGACAACAGUCCUCUCCCUAUAUAUAUAUAUUUUUUGUUUUACUGCUGGUUUAUUAUAUUGUACAGACUGUAAAAUGUAAUAUUAUUUUGUACAACUUUAUUGAAGAAAAAUACUUGUAGAAGAUCUUUGUGCCUUGAUUAUGGCUGUACCUGUAAAAUGAGCUAAGAUGUAAGUAUGUUUUUGAUUGCGCUGUACAGCUUGAUGUCAACCUUACCUGCAGCAGUGACUGGGGGUAAGAACUUUAUCUGUAGAGUUUAGGGAUUUUUUUCUGGUUUAUAUAAAAACAAUGCUCUUUAGUAUAAAAAAUAUAAAUUAUGCAAAUUAACCACUUACCUUUUCAAGUAAGGUAUUACAGUCACCGGAUGUUGCAGCAACAUGCCUUUCUCUUUUGAAAUCUCAGCUUUAAAACAUUGGAAUUCAUUCAAGUGUCCAAAUUGCAACCUGGUGUUGUUUUAAUGGGAAUCAAGGAUUUUUUUUCCUUUAACUUUAGAAAUAUGUUUAGUAAUUCUUUGGUCAUUCAUAGUACGUCACAAUUGCACAGGCCGAUUGUGAAUGUGUAAAGCACCAUUAUAUAGAGCUCGUCAAUCUUUGUACCAACAACAGCUUUCAUUGUGCAAGUAAAUAGCAAGAAGGGGGGUGGGGGGAGAGGAGGUAUAAACCCUUGUGUCUGGCCUAAGAGAAUUACAAGAUGACAUUUUUAUUUCUCUUUUAAUAAAGAGACAUUAGAAAAUUGUUUUAUUUUAAA